AUGAUCAUUUUUCUCAUAUUUUCGGUUGUUAUCUUGCUGCUCUUCCACAAUUUCUACUGGAAAAGAAGAAAUUUACCUUCAGGUUUGUUUUUUUCACCAAAAAAAUCUCGAUUAAAUAUCUUCAAGGACCGAUUCCCCUUCCAUUGGUGGGAAAUCUUCACACAAUUUCGAGAUAUGAACCGGGAUAUGAAGCUUUUGACAUGUGGAGGAAGAAAUAUGGGCCCGUUUAUACUUUUUGGAUGGGUUGGGAUUUUUUAAUGAUAAUUUUUCAAUUGUUUCUGAAGGAUCCGUGCCUUUUGUCAUGAUUUGCGAGUACGAGAAGCUCAAAGAAACUUUCAUCAAAGAUGGGGAUACCUACAGCGGCAAGUUCAACUUGGAAGAAGUCACGAAGGUUUAUCGAGGUUUGCAAAAAAUAUUGAAACUAAAGUUGGUAAACAGAUUCUAUACCUUCUAAAUACUCAGCGUGGAUAUUUAAACAAAAAUCAUCUGAAAAGGUUCAAAACCCUUUUGAAAUACCUUUCUGUCAUGCCAGGUGGUCAAUUUGGGAUCAUCGACGCGGACGGCGACCGCUGGAAGGAGCACCGGAAGUUUGUGAUCCAUCAGUUGCGGAACUUCGGCGUCGGCAAGGAUCUGAUGCAGGACAAGAUUCUACUUGAAGUUGAAGCCGUCACAAAAAUCCUCACGGCUUCUGAUGGAGCUGAAGUAGAAAUUCAGGUACAUGUAGAUCUUUAAAGGGUCAAAUUGGAGGCAACUUUUUUUCCAGGAAGUCUGGGACGAGGCCGUUGGAAACGUGAUCAAUCAGUUCUUAUUUGGCUAUCGAUUCGAUGAGUCGAACAUAAAUGAAUUCCGAGAGCUUAAAAGUCUUCUAUCUUCUCAAUUGCGCGAUUUUUCUUCGCCUCUCGCGUUUUUCAUCAUGUCAUAUUCCUGGACCAAGCACUUUCCAGUGGGAAAGGUGUUGUGGGAAAAGUAAACUCUGGCUUUUUUUUUCUUUUUCAUUCAUAGAAUCUUUGAGGAUGCGAUUUUAUCGCGAUGCGUUUUUCACUUUUUUCAAGAGGCAAAUUGAAGAGCAUCGCAAAGAAAUAGACUUUGAUUUGGAGGAAAGUCGGGACUAUGUUGAGGCUUACUUGAAAGAGCAAAGGAAACGCGAACAGAGCGGCGACUUUGAAAGCUUUUGGUGAAUAAAUGAUGUCGUAAAUUAAUUAAUAACUUCAAUUUCACAGUGACAAUCAAUUAGUGAACGUUUGCGUGGACCUUUGGUUCGCCGGGAUGGAAACAACUGCGAAUACGCUUACGUGGGCCAUUUCCUACCUUUUGAAUAAUCCAGGAGUUCAGGUUUUUUUUUUUUCAAAAGCUCUCAAUCAAAAUAAGCUAUUAGGAAAAACUCCACGAGGAGCUAGAUCGAGAAAUUGGCUUCGAACGGGAUAUUCUGACUUGCGACAAAAGCAAACUCGUCUAUCACAAUGCUUUCAUUAAUGUAAUCUGAUCUAAAUCUUCUUUUAUAACUUUUUUCAGGAAACUCAACGACUUGCCAACCUUCUGCCUUUGAAUAUAUUCCACGUUCUGAACAAACCAGUUGAAAUGAAUGGGUUCAAUUUACCAAUCGGAACUGGAGUCUGUGCGCAAGUCAGCAGUGUUCUUUAUGAUGAAAAUGUGAGCGAAUUUUCCAGAAUAAUCGUGAAAAAUUAUUAAGGUUUUUCCCGAACCAUAUAAAUUCGAUCCCAUGAGAUUAAUCGAUGAAAAUGGAGCCUUAAAAAAAGUUUAAUUUUCUUACUUCAAGAAAUCAAAAAUAAUUCUCAGGUUGAUGAGCUUGUUCCGUUUUCUGUUGGAAAACGCCAAUGUUUGGGCAAAGGUUUGGCGAAAACGGAGCUCUUCCUUUUUUCAGCCAAUCUUUUCAAUAGAUUCAAGGUAUAAAGGAGGUUGAAGGUUGUUUCUAAGAACAAAAAAAAACAGGUAACUGCUGGAGAAAAAGGCAAUCCUUCACUUCAAAAACGGUUCGGCGUCGCCAUGCAGCCUCCAUUUUACACUUGUCGAUUUGAAAGACGAUAUUAAUACAGAAACUAAUGAAUAAAGUGAAAAUAUUUUUAUUGGAAAAUUUUUAUUCAGCCGCCGCGCAAUUUUUCACAUAAAACGAAAAAUCUUAUGAUUUUUUUUGUGUUUUCUAUGAUUCGCUCGUUUUCUUUUUGCCACAGGCUUGUUCGAAUAUACCGAAAAAGUAAUUAGCAGUUAUCCAUAUUCCCAAGUUUUCUCCUUGGCACCUCUUCAACGCCUCGUCAAACCGCGCCGCGGCAAAAUUCGCACAUUUUUGGCGAGAAACUGUGCCGUUGGGCUAAAUGAACAUGGUCCCGCCCAAUAGUUUGACACAAUAGUCAUUCUUUCCGUCUUCAGACCUCAGAGUAGGUUGUUUCAUUUAUCUGCUCCUUGUUGCGGUUUAUUGUACUUUUACAUGUUGGUUGCUGUAUUAUUACAGCGUUUCCCUCAUUCCUGGUUAUAAUUUCUAGAAUCGGACUUCGAAAUACAAAAUUUUCAAGUUUCAAUAAUGAAAAUCGGAGCAGUUUUGAUAGUAUGCGCCUUUAAAAACUGGAUUGAUUUCUCUUUCGCUUCGAGACCCUCCAUGUGAGCGCGCUCUCACCGCGUUUGAAUUUUCUUCGUUUCAUUUUCAUUUUUCUUUUUUUGUUCGUUUCAAUUGGGUUUUUAUUCAGAUAUGUCGUCUCGUGGACGAGUUUACAUUGGACGAUUGUCCUCCCGCGCUUCUGAACGCGACAUCGAGCAUUUUUUCCGUGGAUACGGCCGAAUCCGCGACAUCGUUUUGAAAAACGGCUUUGGAUUCAUUGUGAGUUUUCUUUUUUUCUGAAAUUUAUAGUUCAUCUGCAACUGUUCUUUGUGUUCUGUUUAAGCGUAAUUUAUAAGAAGUUCAAGAAUUUCGAAUGACGAAAAUAAAGUAAGAUAGUUUUUGCAAUGCUGUGUCAAACGCCCAAUAACAUUUUAGAAUUAAAUUGAGUUCAUUUUUAACCUUCAACUCCUCCUAAAGUGUUCAAAUUCUUGUUUUUCAGGAGUUCAGUGACGAUCGCGAUGCGGACGACGCCGUGUACGAUUUGAAUGGCAAAGAACUCGCCGGCGAACGCGUCGUUCUUGAAUUUUCGCGUCGUGGACCUCGAAAUAGCUCUUAUGGCUCAGAUUCUCGCGGUGGUGACCGAUUCGGUCGUACAAAGUGAGAAAAUAUUCAGUUUUCGUUCGUAAUUCUUUGAAUUACAGUCGAUAUGGCCCGCCGAUGCAAACACGUUACCGAAUGUUGGUGGAAAACUUGUCAUCUCGCGUUUCCUGGCAGGUUUGUAGAUUUUCUUUCUCCUCUCCACUGUUCAGGUCUCUACCGAGAAUACCACGACAAAUUGGGAACAUAACGAUAAAAAUGGAGUUUUUCGCAAAUUUUUCGAAUCCAAUUGAGAAAGUCCCGUUUAAAAACCAGUUGAUUCUCAGCAGCGUUCGCUGAUGACGUGAGUGCCCGACCACGGUGUUGAGUGACGUGUGUUCGGGCGGUGAUGAGGUCUCGCAACGCUUCCCUAUCACGUGUAUACCUUUUACUGUAUAUUCCGAUUCUUUUGAAUCCACCUGCCUUUCUGUGGUCAAAUCUAGGGAGUUUGCAACAUUUUCGAGCUUCCAAAUUUUAUUUCGAAGCUUAUUUGAAUAUUGCAAUAAGGUUUGGGUAAAUUUUCUUUAAAUUGAGUUUCAAUUAGAUUAUUCGAUUUUGAUAAUCGCACUGGCCCUGAAAGGCUCCAAUUAGCUCUAUUAAACUUUGAGAUCGUACGAAAAAGCUUCCAACUUUAUAAAUUUUUGCGUUUAAGCUUCAAACCCCUGCAUUGCCACGAAAAAUUUCCUGAUUCUUUCGCUAAUUUACCGAUUUUUUUAGGAUUUGAAAGACAUUAUCCGUCGUCUUGGAUGCGAAGUCACCUACGCCGACGCCCAUAAAGCUCAGCGCAAUGAAGCGUGAGUUUUUUUGAAAUUUCGAAAAAGUCUUAUCAAAGUAUUUUCAGUUUGGUGUGUUUCGCAACGCGCAGCGACCUGGAACGUUGCAUGGACAAACUCCAAGGCGAAGAGUACCACGGUCGCAAAAUCAAGUUGAUCGACGACUCUGAAAGCGGUCGCGACAGUCGCAGCAGAAGCCGUUCCAGAAGCCGCAGCCGCUCGCGCAGGUUUUUUUCCCCGAGAAGUAUCAUCGAAUAAUGUGAUUUUAUUUCAGUCGCUCCCGUUCUCGCUCGCGUUCCCGCUCUCGCAGCAAGUCCCGAUCGCGUUCUCGCAGUCGCUCUCCACGUUCGCGAUCCCGUUCACGUUCGCCGGCCGCCAAGAGUGACGCCAAGAAGGAAGAUUCGCGAAAGAGCCGUUCGAGGUCCCGCAGUCGCUCGCGAAGUGCGUCGCGGUCGCGCUCUCCAUCGCCUGCUGAGAAUAAUAACGACAAGUUCGUGUUUUUUUUAAUCUAAUUAAAUUGAUUGGAAGGAUUUUUUCAUGUUAGAAAGUUUUCUUUCAGUUUUCUUAUAUUUUUUGAGUUUCUACUGCAUAAUUUACAUGAACACUAGAUUUUCACUUAGGAUCUAUAAAAUAAAGAUAUUAUAUUCAGGUCCAUAAGAUUUAUAUUAAUUUUUUGUUUUUAAAAAAGAUUAGUUACUAUCUUUGGCAAGUAAAAACAUGAAACAUUUGUCGAAAUUCAUUUUUAAAUAUUCAAUUUCAGAGGCUCGCCCAGAGAUGAGCAAAUGUCCCGCAGCCCGUCGCCCAACCGCGAUGAUUGA